AUGCCGAUACCAAGUUGGCUGAAGAAUGGAAGAGUCUUCGGGGAGAUAGGCUCAAGCUUAGUUCUUGAUCAGUGUUUAGUUGAAGUCGCCGAUUUGGGGUAUUGUGUGAGCCAUGCUUCUAUUGGUCUCGACGGUAUUUCUGCAAGAGGAAGUGGGCAGAUUACUACAAAGAUGCGCGGCUUAUUGGUACUAGCACAAGAGUUGGAAACGGAAUUGGUCAGAUGGGCCAAGGAAGUACCGAUGGUGGAUUAUUGGAGUACUUUUCGAGUGACGGUAGAUGAUGAUGGCGAGCCUGGCGCAAAUGAUGUCUUUGAUCAAAUGGUUCAUCUAUAUCCCUCGAUUAGCCAUGCCGCAAUGUGGGCUCAAUAUCGUGCUAUCCGUCUUCACGUGAAUGACAUCAUACUGAAAGUCUUUCACAGCGAAAUAGAGUCUUCAAAACCUGACACCAAGUUCCAAGAAGAUAUCGUUAUACUGAAUAUGGAGAAACUAGCUCUGGAUUUCUGCGCCAGUCUACCGUUUGUUCUGGGAUGGGUUGAACUUGGAGGGACAGGUAUGAAAAUGGUACGCAAGGGACGAAGAGAUGCAGUUAAGGCUAGCACGGCUAGUUUGUUUUGCUGCCCGUUGACUGUGUCAACAAUAGUCUCUGAGAUUCUAGAGCAACAUCGAUCAUAUCUGAAGAGCCGUUUACGAGAUGUCAGCGAACUUGUCGAUGAUGGGGUCUUGGAGACAAUUGCUCAUUUAUGA